AUACUUGAACAAAUGCGUCAGUCUGCAUUUUUCUAUUGUGAAAAUAAACUGUACAAGUAAAAAAUUUACUACUCGUAUAAUUUGAAGAGAAGUUCUAUACAAUUCUAUGAAAACAGUGCAGUUUCAAUUGUAUUUUUGAUUAGUUACGACAAUAGUUUCACAAACACUUUUCUUAUCUGAAGGCUGAAGUCGUCAAAACAGAGAGACGCUCAGCUAACAUAUCAGCAGCAGUAGUACGAGUAGAAACAAAUCUGAAUGGACUGUCGCCUAACAGUUUGUUGCUUAAACUAACAAAAACUCGUACAUUCAUUCGAAAAACAACAACAAUUACUACCUCAGUAUCUGUCAUAUAUCUUCUUACCUAUAUAGCGAACUUAUACUGCCAACACUAUCGAACAUGCCUGCCACAGCCACUGCUAUAUCCUCCACACCUUUGGCUGUACCGGCAGCGGCCAAUUCGCAACUCACUGCCAUCAGCGAAAUCAGUGAACUGCAUCAAUUGCGUGAUUUAUACCGUCGUGAUUGGCCUGCCCACUGUGUGGGCUACUAUUGUCUGAGCAAUUUCAUUGACUGGGUGGAAAAUCGUCAGCAGCUGAGCUCAGUGGCGGAUAUGAAAAAUCUACAGAUUUUCACACUGGACAGCGAUUGGCAUAGCGAUGGACUUUUUCUGAUUGUGGAUCGCUAUCAGCUCUUUGUAAACUCUCUGUUGGCCAGCGAGGACAGUGAACGUCUAACCAAAGCAAUCAGUCUACUCAACUGGACUUGGCCAGGCUACAAAGUUAGCUCUUUUCGUGAACGUCAUCGUCUCUCAGUGCUGAGUGUAGUACGCGACAAGAAAUUAACAACAGAGUACGACAGCCUGACUGUUAUGUACUACAAGCCCAGCGCGGAAGUACUGCAGUUACCAAUAAGCUGUUCCGCCAACUACGUGCUACGCCCUUUAAACGCCGCAACUGAUGCUGAGGAAAUCGAUACACUCUGGCCCAAUCGUCAUCAGGGCUCCCUAUUUUUGAUUAAACGUCUCAUCGAAUGGAAUGCGAAUAUCGGCGUUUACACCGCAGACACCGACGAGCUUGUUGCAUGGUGCUUGCGCCUUCAGGGUGGUUUUCUCGGUGCACUGCAAGUGAAAGAAAAUCACAAGCGUCGCGGUUUGGGUAGCCUGGUGGCUGCGGCUACUGCGCAACGCAUAGCAGAGCAGGGCGAUGAUGUAAUGGCGUUGGUGAACAAGAAUAAUAGUGCCUCACGUGGCAUGUUCGACAAGCUGGGAUUCAAAGUUGUCGAUAACUGCUACUGGCUGCGAACAUUGCCCACCCAGAAUGUGGAGAUCCCUUGGCCAGAUGGCGAGUAAAGGAUAGAGCGUUUAAGCGAUUUAAAUGAAUAGAAUUUUAGUGAAAUAUGAAAUAAAUGCAUUAACUUGUAAAUAGUGAAUGAACUUUAAGCUGA